AUGCGUGCCUUCAGAAAGUCUACUCACCUCUCCCGCCAGCUUCUCGCUACCAAUGGCGUCCGCUACACCUCCACCAUUGCGCCAGCUACCAAACCGCUUACCUCUGUGCUCAUAGCGAACCGCGGAGAAAUCGCUCUGCGAGUUGGAAGAACAGCCUCGGAAUACGGCAUCCGAACCACGACUCUGUUCACAGACCCAGAUGCUCGAUCACAGCAUGCCCUGAGCUCACCUUACGCCGUAAACCUCGGAGACCCUUCUGCAUAUCUUGACGGAGACCGCAUAAUACAGAUCGCCAAGGAACAAGGCUGCCAGGGCAUUCAUCCGGGCUACGGCUUCUUGAGCGAGAACCCUACGUUUGCAAGGAAAUGUACAGAUGCAGGUCUGACAUUCAUCGGGCCGCCAUGGCAAGCAAUCGAAUCUAUGGGAAGCAAGAGUGAGUCGAAAGACAUCAUGACCAAGGCCGGCGUCCCCUGCAUUCCAGGCUAUCACGGCUCCAACCAAGACCCAGAGUACCUCAAAGAACAGGCAGCGAAUAUUGGCUACCCCGUGCUUCUCAAAGCUGUCAAAGGCGGCGGCGGCAAGGGUAUGCGCAUCGUCAACACAGAAGCCGAGUUCUUCGACCAGCUCGCGUCAGCGAAAUCAGAAGCACGCAAUUCUUUCGGCGACGAAGUCAUGCUAGUGGAGAAGUACAUCACUACGCCUCGCCACAUCGAAGUCCAGGUCUUUGCUGACAAGCAUGGGAACUGCGUUGCACUUGGAGAGAGAGAUUGCAGUAUCCAACGCCGGCAUCAGAAGAUUCUAGAAGAAUCUCCGGCACCACACUUGGAUGAGGCCAUUAGGCAAGACAUCUGGGAGAAGGCGAGGCAGGCUGCACUCGCAGUUGGCUAUGAAGGAGCGGGCACAGUCGAAUUCAUCUUUGAUAAUGAGACGGGCGAGUUCUUCUUCAUGGAGAUGAAUACAAGACUACAGGUCGAGCACCCUGUCACAGAGAUGGUUACCGGUGAAGACCUUGUAAGAUGGCAGCUUAUCGUUGCUGAGGGUGGAAAAUUACCUCUUACCCAGCAAGAGAUUGAACAGAGGAUCAAGGAGAGGGGUCACGCCAUCGAGGCCCGCAUCUACGCCGAAAACCCAGAUAUGAACUUCAUUCCCGACUCCGGUCUUCUACUACAUCUGAAGACUCCAGUACCCACAUCUACGGUUCGUAUCGACUCUGGCUUCAUCGCGGGCGACGAAGUAUCCUCGCACUACGACCCCAUGAUUUCCAAACUGAUCGUCCAAGGCCCCACGCGUGAGGCUGCGAUCCAAAAGAUGCGAGCCGCCCUAGAAGAGUACGAAGUUGCGGGUCCCAUAACAAACAUCGAGUUCAUCAAGCGCAUGUGCGUAUCUCCAGACUUUGUCGCUGGCGACGUUGAAACGGGAUACAUCCAAAAGCACCACGCUGAGCUCUUCACACCCGAGCCCCCAGCACCAGAAGUCUACGCACAAGCCGCCUUGGGUCUUGCACUGCAAGAAAUCUCCUCGUCAAGAGGAGAUGUAUGGACUGGACCGCCCGUGACAGCUGUAGGUUUCGGUUUCAGUAGCGCAUACCAACAGCGGGAAUUCAACCUCAUCGAGAUUCCCGCCGACGGCAAAGGAGAAGCCAAAGCAACAGAAGUCAGUAUCCGGCAAAUCGGCCCCCAACAAUUCGACAUCACCGUCGGUGACAAAACAUAUCCAAACGUCACAUCAACCUUCUGCCCUUCCAACAACACAUUAACUUCUUUCUACCCUCACACCCGCCUGGCCACAACCUUCAUCCGCGACGAAGACCGCCUCACCCUCUUCCACCUCGGCCGCCAACACCGCCUCAAACUCGCAAUGCCCGAGUGGACAAAGAAGGCGCUUGGCGUCAAGGACGUGGCAAACAGCGUUCUCGCUCCUAUGCCUUGCAAGGUCCUCAGAGUAGAAGUCGAAGAGGGUCAGGAGGUCAAGAAGGACCAGGCCCUUGUUGUUAUUGAGAGCAUGAAGAUGGAGACAGUGAUCAGAAGUCCGAGUCACGGUAUUGUUAAACGUAUUGUGCAUGGUAAGGGGGAUCUAUGUAAAGCGGGGACUGCGUUGGUGGAGUUUGAGGAGCCAGACGCGGAGGCAGAGUCGAAAUAG